UCCGCGCACUGUGCCAAUGUGCCGAUCCGUCACCAUAGUCUUUCCAGACGCUCGGUGUGGUGCCUGGCCGUUUGCGAGCCUCCAGGAGUCCAGAGUACCCCAAGCCGAGGCACUCCCAGUUUCCUAUAACCACCGAACUUGGGGGCAAAGGAUAUGGGAGAGUUUGGUUUCAGUUUUGUUCAGAGAUCUGUCCCGCUUAAAUCCAAAGGAAUGACUGGGAAGACAGAUGACAGGCCAGAGAAUUCCUGCCUCGGAGCUCAACUGCCUGCUGUCUCUCUCAGAGUCCCAAGGGAAUGACUGAUGGUUUCCUUCGAAAUGGCAGGCAAUUAGAAGUAGGAGGCUCUGUCCAGAAACACAUAGCCACAGCUGCCUGUCGUUCGACAUCCUCUGUAAUUUGGGCCAACACACUGCAGCUGCCUCUCUUCCCUUACUUAAAGUGACUCCAGUGACAACACAUUAAUGAAGUGAAGAGGCGGCUGUGUUUUGAGCCCUGCCCAGUUGGCACCGGAUCUCCCUUAGGAUACAGGUUCACUGAUGGCUCAGCUGGGAGCAGUUGUGGCCGUGGCCUCCAGUUUCUUUUGUGCGUCUCUCUUCUCUGCUGUGCACAAGAUAGAAGAGGGACAUAUUGGAGUAUAUUACAGAGGUGGCGCCUUGCUGACCUCCACCAGCGGCCCCGGUUUCCAUCUCAUGCUCCCAUUCAUCACAUCCUAUAAGUCUGUGCAGACCACUCUCCAAACAGAUGAAGUGAAGAACGUACCGUGUGGGACCAGUGGUGGUGUGAUGAUCUACUUUGAUAGAAUUGAAGUGGUGAACUUCCUGGUCCCGAAUGCAGUGUAUGAUAUAGUGAAGAACUAUACUGCGGACUAUGACAAGGCCCUCAUCUUCAACAAGAUCCAUCAUGAGCUCAACCAGUUCUGCAGCGUACACACACUUCAGGAAGUCUACAUCGAGCUGUUCGAUCAAAUUGAUGAAAACCUCAAGUUGGCUUUGCAACAGGACCUGACCUCCAUGGCCCCGGGGCUUGUCAUCCAGGCUGUACGAGUGACAAAGCCCAAUAUACCCGAGGCAAUCCGCAGGAACUAUGAGCUGAUGGAAAGCGAGAAGACGAAGCUUCUCAUUGCAGCCCAGAAGCAGAAGGUGGUGGAAAAGGAGGCAGAGACAGAGAGGAAGAAGGCCCUCAUUGAGGCAGAAAAAGUGGCUCAGGUUGCAGAAAUCACCUAUGGGCAGAAGGUGAUGGAGAAGGAGACGGAGAAGAAGAUCUCAGAAAUUGAAGAUGCUGCGUUUCUGGCCCGGGAGAAGGCGAAGGCUGACGCUGAGUGCUACACUGCUCUGAAAAUAGCAGAAGCAAAUAAGGUCAAGCUGACUCCAGAGUAUCUGCAGCUGAUGAAGUACAAGGCCAUUUCUUCCAACAGCAAGAUUUACUUUGGCAAAGACAUCCCCAACAUGUUUAUGGACUCUGCAGGUGGUCUGGGCAAGCAGUUUGAGGGGCUGACUGACAAGCUGGGCUUCAGCUUAGAAGAUGAGCCCCUAGAGGUGACCACAAAGGAUAAUUGAAAAAAAAUGUAUACAACCUCUGAUUGUGACGCUUAGAGAGAGCUUUAUUUUUUAAGAUGAAACAGAAUGCUCCUCCUUCCCAAGCCACCUUCUUAGACUCUUCAAGUUACUGUAAAAAAGGAAGAAGUGGACAUAAAUCUACCCCCCUUCUGGGAAGGGAGAGCAGAUGGAGGGUUGUUUUUUUAUUUUAAUCCAGGUAAGCAGGUUAUAUGACUUCUGGUGAGGUGUGUACACCAUAGAUUUGACCUCUGACCUGCAGGCACCAGCUUAGUGGGAGAUGUGUGGCUGCUGCUUCCUCAUGGUUUGAUUUUCUUCAUGAGAAAAUUGGUUCCACAGUUCUCUUCCUUGCCUCUGACGAAGGCGGCGGUGUCUGCAUGUGGGGCUCCUAACGGCCCAGGCAUCUGCCAAGGCACAUCAGCUGCAGAGAGCAGUGGUCUGCUGGGCUUUGUGACAGUGUGAGCGUUACUCUAGUUAAGCUGGGUUGAGCCCUCCUUAGGAAGAACCUGGUGCUAGGUUUUGCAAGAUUUUCUAUAACUCUACUCUUGCCCUAGUGUUUUCUGAUGACAUCUCACCGCAGCGGGCUCAGUCACCCCCCACGCUCCUUUUUCAGAUUUUCACCUGAUCUGUGAUUUGAUUUCUUGUUGAAUAAUCUAUUAGUUCCACUCAGCAUCAAGAUGGGAACAAGAAGUGCUGGAUUGGUUGGCUGAUAAAGUAGUGUCCUUGGACCAUUAGGCUCUGUAGUACUAUUUGGCUAUGUAAGUGUAUACCUUUAAGAGCUCAUCAUUGUAGAGAUUCUUCAUUGAAGAGCUCUUGGCACUGUGGAGAAGAAAGAGCCAGUCUGUAGGCAUCCAAGUAGUAGUGCCUAUGGCCUGUGCUGGGGGUUUAUCUGACUCACUGAUAAAGAGAUCUUUUAAAUACAGAGCAGCUAUGUAGAUACAAGUCAGAGCAGAUGCCCAUGCCUUCUGGGCAGCAUUGAAUCCCAUGUUUUGCUUUUCAUUGCUAGUUAGGAAAACAAAGAGUCACCCUAGGAGAUUCAGGAUGGAAAGAACAAAUAUGAAAGAAGAGUAUUUCUUAGAUCCUGAAAUUGGACCGGGUUGGGGCAGGGCUGCAACUCGUAUGGCCUGUGAGUGCUGCACAGAAGGCCUUUGUGACGGCAGCUAUGCAGAGUUAAUGCUGCCAUGGCGGUAACCUGUGUAACCAUGCCCAGCUCCAGCUUAGGACUUGACCCUGUUAUUAGCUGCUCCCCCCCUUCCCACACACACAAAGCCCCUACUGUUAUCUUUAGGUGAAUACUAUAAAUGCUAUUUUCUGGUAUCAAUCCUCAUUUUUGGUUCUAGAAGUCAGGCCAGUUUGCUUGUAAGUGACUGGCAGGUACUUGUCAGGCAUUUGGGUAGCAUUUGGCCUGCCUAGAAAGAAGCAAAGAGUUAAUUCUGAAUACUUCAGAUGUUGCCCUUCUCUGUUCUAACUUCUUGUACAGAGAUUUCUCAGGUCACUGGUCCUGGUCACACUUUGUACAGACUACAAAGUGCUCCUGGAAAGGAUAGAUUAAAUGUGCUUAGAAGUUCUUGCAAAAAUGGGUUUCCCACCCAAGACCAACUCAUCUUCCUCCCACUUGCUGCUGAUAAUCACUUGUUGAGAGCAACAUGCCAUAGCCAGCAUCCCCUCUUCCUUCUGAGCCUCAGAAACACUAAUUCACUGGAGUCAGUUCAGGUGUGAGUCUGAAAGUUGUCUGCUACUUAGGUUCAGAUAGUUGGUCACUUAUCACGAAGAGCCUCUGUAAACUCCUGCUGUAAGUGCUGCUUCCCCAACCUUGAAUGUCACUAACACAAAUUCAGUAGGUGUUGGCAUCUGUCCCAGCAGUCAAAUCAUGGAAUUCAGCUGUCUUUUUAGCAUGGGACACCUAGCCCAUCUGUCCGUGUGAUUUUGUUUUUGUAAGACUAGAAAAUCUGAUUGUAAAGCAUUUAAAUUAGAAAGAUGUGAAGUGUGAUAAGCCUGCAGUUUUGUAGGCAGUGAAGUCAUGGCUGCUAUUUAUAUAAAAACUUCUAUCAAAGUAAGCAACUUGUUUGUAAAUUCAGUUUUUGUAGGAUUUUCCCAGGGCACAGCCACCUUGGUAGAAUGUUCGUCACUCACUAAAGCUCACAUAAGCAAUUCCUAUUCAGAACAGUUUUUAAUGACUUUUCAAUAUAUGGUCAACGUUUGUAAGGAAGUUUAAUAACUUUUUAUAACUAAAAAUAUAUGUAGAGGAGUCAGCGUGGUUGCUGAGUUGAGGAGCGGGGAACCCCUGAAUGAUCUGAGUAAUACAGUGAUGUAAAGAAGGGAGGUGUUUCAAGAACGACUGUGGGUGUGUCUGUAUCCUGUAAGAGUGAGACUGCCAUGUUUGCUGACCUGGACUAUCGUAAGUUGGAAAUCGAUAAGCUGUACCUUGACAAAUAGCCACUCUGUCUGUAAACUUCACCUAUUUGACUGUCUUCAGUGGAAUUCUAGCCACUGUUUGUUUCCUUAUAAAAGCUGUAAAGGGCAA